UAAUGAAAAAAGAAGAAGAGAAUUCUGAUUAUUUAAUCUUUCGAUGUUCACUUGUUACCAUCCAAAAUCCUUGCUUCAAUCCAACUCAUUAUUCUUCCCCCAAUUCUUCCAAAUUCACCAAACUCCAUUAAAGAAAACCCUAGAUUACCCAUCAAUCCACUCAAGAUAUCUCCCUUCGCUUAAAACCCAAGUUAUAAUUUUCAAAAAAUUGUAGAAAUAUCAAAUUUCUAUUUUUGAAAUGACAGAAAUACUUCAAUCGCCACUACGGAUAUCUUCUUCUCAAAGCUCUCUGAUAUCAUUAGAUGACAAUGAUGGGUUACUCCAACAAACACAUCAUCAGUUUGCGUCUUCUUCUUCCCUUAUUAACCCUUGUCCCAAUUUGUACUCGGUAGCUGUGUCUGUAUGUAAUACAGAAGAGAGAGAAAGAAGAAAGAGGAGAGAGAGGGAAGAAGAGGAUAGAGAGCUGUCAUUGUUGGCUGUUGUGGUUACUGUUUUUAGAAAAUCACUCGUUGGGUCUUGUAAUAGCGUGAAAUUUGAAGAUUUCCCUUGUGAUAAUAACUCAAAGAAAUCUUCUAAAAUGGAGAUUGGAGUGCCUACGGAUGUUAGGCAUGUUGCUCAUGUCACGUUUGAUAGGUUUAAUGGGUUUCUUGGUUUACCUGUUGAAUUUGAGCCUGAGGUUCCCAGAAGACCUCCCAGUGCCAGCACAAGUGUGUUCGGGGUUUCAACUGAAUCUAUGCAGCUGUCAUUCGACUCUAGAGGAAACAGUGUUCCAACAAUUCUUCUGAUGAUGCAAAGACGCUUAUAUGCUCAAGGAGGCCUUCAGGCAGAAGGAAUUUUCAGAAUCAAUGGUGAUAAUGGACAAGAAGAGCAAAUAAGAGAACAACUUAACAGAGGAGAAGUUCCUGAAAACAUUGAUGUACACAGCUUAGCAGGUCUUAUUAAGGCUUGGUUUAGAGAACUUCCAAAUGGGGUUUUGGAUUCGAUUGAGCCAGAGCAAGUGAUGCAAGCACAGUCAGAGGAGGAAUGUGCUCGGCUUGUGAGGCUGCUUCCAUCAACAGAAGCUUCAUUGAUGAAUUGGGCUGUGAAUUUAAUGGCAGAUGUUGCUCAACUUGAACAUCUAAACAAGAUGAAUGCUCGUAACAUUGCUAUGGUGUUUGCUCCAAACAUGACUCAGAUGGCGGAUCCUUUGACUGCACUCAUGUAUGCUGUCCAAGUUAUGAACUUUCUCAAGACUUUGAUUGUGAAGACACUUAGGGAGAGAGAAGAUUUGAUAGUCGAGGCGGGGCCCACGUCAAAGUUUGAUCAUUUUGAUGAGAACAACGGGCCCCACUGCUCUGUUUGGGGAACAUUAGAUGAGACGAAUGAUGAAGGGGAGGAUCAAGAUUUUUCAAUCAAAGAACCCACCUUGGAAAGCCAUGAAAGUACUUGUAAAGAUGAUUUGACUUCUAGAGGUCAAAGUCAAAGUCAAACUACUAGGGUUGAAGAAGAGGGUGGUGGUAGGGUGGUUGAAGGUGGUGGUGGUACGAUGGCUGAAAUUCUGAAGAGUAGAAAUGCACAGUCGAGUAACUUGAGUCUUAAGAAGGCGUUGAGAAAAAAUGUAGAGAAAAGCAAAGGAAGCACGAUUGUGAGCCGUUUAAAUUCAAGAACAGAGAGGAUUGAGGCAUGGCGGUGAAGCGGUGUUGUGGGGCGGGGCGUGGUGGUGGUGGGAUGGUUAUCUAUUUGACCGUUGGUCAGAAAAAAAGUGGAGCUUUAUGUAAUUUGGUUUGGAGUUGUAAUGUGGUAUAUGCUAUUUGCAUGCCAAUGGUUUGUUUAUGAUUUUUAUAUGCAUAUGGGGUUUUGAUCA